CUUUUUUUAACUAACUGUGUUUUCUGUUUGAUUACAGGCAUCGACGAUUGAUGGGCGACGGAAGGGCGCGUGCCUCUUCUGCCAGGAGUACUUUAUGGACCUGUACCUGUUAGCUGAGCUUAAAACCAUCAGCUUAAAGGUGACUACAGUAGACAUGCAGAAGCCUCCACCAGAUUUCCGCACCAACUUCGAAGCCACGCACCCGCCUAUACUCAUCGACAACGGUCUGGCGAUACUGGAGAACGAGAAAAUUGAACGGCACAUCAUGAAGUCGGUACCCGGAGGACACAACUUAUUUGUACAGGAUAAGGAAGUAGCCUCACUGAUCGAGAACCUGUAUUCCAAGCUGAAGUUGGUGCUGGUACGCAAAGACGAGCAGAAGUCGGCAGCCCUGCGCGCACAUCUCGGCCGCAUCGAUGGUCUUCUUGAACGCAGAGGGACUAGAUUCUUAACAGGGGACACAAUGUGCUGUUUCGACUGCGAGCUAAUGCCAAGACUGCAGCACAUCCGCGUCGCCGGCAAGUACUUCGUCGACUUCGAGAUACCGACGAGUUUCCGCGCCCUCUGGCGUUACAUGUACCACAUGUACCAGUUGGACGCGUUCACGCAGAGCUGCCCCGCCGACCAGGAUAUCAUCAACCAUUAUAAACUGCAGCAGUUAUCGGCGAAAGGUUUGGUGCUGACGCCGACCCCCACACUGCAACGGAAAGAGUUACCGACGGAUGUGGCGCUGAAAAUGAAGAAACACGAAGAACUCGAGACGCCGACGUUCACGACGUCAAUCCCUAUCGACGUGAGCGAGAACAGCAACGCCGAGUAAACUCGCCUCGGCCGCGCAAAUGCCUUGGUACAAUAGUAGGCGAUAAACUUUUCUAAAUUAUACCACCAUCGCCUGACCGCAAGAUGUUAUGCAUUGAUGUUGCAUUCAAAAUAAUGUUGCCAAAAUUCAACAGCGCACCAACAACUGGCCACACAACAAAGAUGGCGCCCAAUUUUUUUAUUUCCCUCCAUUUUUAAACGGUUUUUAAUAUGUUGUUCUUCUAUAAAAUGUGAUAAUAAGAACAGACUAUAACAGUUUUUUGUUGUGUAGCCAGCUGCUAGUGAAUAAGUGAUGCGCGACGGAGUGUCGAGAAUUUAAUUUUCGGUGUAAUACCGAACCCCACUACAUAGAUGCCGACUCUGACCCACGCCAUUACGAUACAGCGACAAGCGCCUCGUGACAUUUGUCAUCUUGACUUUUUUCUACAGUUUUUUUUUAUAGAAAGUUAUCAAUGUCACGGAUGAUGCCAACAAACAAAUUCAUUUAUGGAAAUUAUAUUUUUGUAUUAAAUUCGUUUUUUUUUUGUUUAAUAUUGGUCUAUUUCAUUAGAUUUAAAAUCUAUGAGAUUGUAUGUAUGGUUUGGUGCAAUCGGAAUUAAGUUUUAUGAAUACAUGUUGAGAAAAUAAUAGGUUAAUGUGGAUUUUAUUUAUUAUAUGUUUGGACAUUAUUUUGGAAUAAUACCAUUACAUUUACUUGUGACAUCUUCGGCAGAUCAGUUUUUGUUAUUUUAAAAUUGUUAGAAGUUAUUGUGGCCAUUAGUAUUUGGAUAAAAUAGCUUGGAGCCUUAAAACAUAAUAAAAUGUGCAUUUUUUACUAUUGAUGUAAGUGUAUUUGGCAGAGGAGAUGAACAAAUUAUAAUGUGGAUUUUUAACCAUAUUGCAUCAAACUUUACAAAUUGCAGUGUACCUUUUUCUGUAUAUGAAAAAAUAAUAUUAUACAAGUUUUUUAAUUUAGUUUUAGUAUAGUUUCAGUGUUCAAACACAACGAAUAAAUGCCCAGGAUGUGUUGUUGUAUUAUAUUCACAAUAGUUGCUAAGGUUGCUCCACAGUAUUCUACCUAUUUUGUUUUAUUCACUCUGGACUACGUCGUCUUUUUAGGUUUAAUGAGAUCAGUUUCGUCGCCAUUUUGUUUUUUCAUACCUCUGCCUACUGUAACUGUCGUUUCGUACAUGUACAACUGAUAUACUACAAUCAAAUAAAUUUGUGAGCGCUCUUGCCUGCUUAGCCUAUGUUACCUUGAGAAGGUAUGUUUUGUAAUAAGAAUGUACUUAUUUUAUUUACAUUUUCAGUUCCUUUGUUUCAUGUUUGUUUUAAUUAUAUUUAUAAACCUUCAAUAGAAUGUUAGAAGUGAGGCUUUAAGUUGAACCACCUAUUUAUGUAAUAAACUUUUGGCUUCUCAGUUUUGUGGGAGAUUUGUUUUAGUUUGAAAAACAAUUGGCCCCCUAAAAUAGUUGUUACACAUUUGGUGAAAUCCAUACAUAUUAGCGUAGUACACACACAAGCGACAAGGGCGAGAGACGACCAACAUGUCGAUUGGACAAUGUAUAAAAUAAUAAUGACUAGAUUAUAAUGUAAAUGUUAAGGAAUAAACCUGGAUAAUAAUAUUUUC